CUCUCAGCACUGGCAGGGAGCAGCCCACCUCUGCUCCAGUGCUGAACCACUCAUUCUCCCCUCACUGGGUGUCCCCUGGAAGCCACCAGGAGCUGUCCCCAAGCUGGGUGUCCUGGGGUGCUGCUCCCUGCUCCCAGCUCUGGCUGGCAGUGCCAGGGGCUGGGAGGGCAGGGGAAGCUCAGGGCUGUUUAACCAUUAAACCUGGGGCGUCUUGGGAGAGGCGGGGACACUUCCCUGCCACUUCACCCUGUACCUUGCUCCCUCUGGCAAUCCCUGCAGCCAUGAAGCAAACAAAAGGCCUCGAGGGAGACAAGAUGUCCAUCAUAAAAUUUGAAUUUAACCCCAAAGUUGGGAUCGACAACCCAGCCUUGACCCUGACUGAGGACACGGGUGGUGCAGAAGAUCAAGGCCAGCGGGAACCAGGUGCUGCUGGCAGUGCUGGAUGGUGACUCCUACGAAGCAGCCAAAGCCCUGGGCAGGGACCUGUCCCAGAUGCUGCCCGAGGACAUCCGCCCGCGCCUCUGCCACGUCACCAGGGACAAAAGCGGCUUUGGCUUCAGCGUGUCGUGUCCAGAAGGCACCAAGGGCACCUUCCAGCUGUCGGUGCUGCAGGACGGGCCAGCGGACAGAGCGGGGGUGCCACCGGGCUGCUGGCUGCUGGAGCUCAACGGGGACAGCGUCAAGAGCUACUCCCACACCCAGCUCACCAGAAAGCUCAAGCAGAGCGGCAACAAGGUGACGCUGCUGGUGGCAUCCAGCGCUGUGGAGGAGUUCUACCGCCUGCGGGGCCUGCGGGUCACGGCUGCCCUGGCUGACACCUCCAGGCUGCCCUUCAAGGUCCGGGAGCUGCAUCUGGUGAAGGGUCCUGCUGGCUACGGGUUCCUGCUCAAGGAGGAUGACUGCAGCUCGGGAGGAGUAGGCCAGUUCCUGUGGGAUGUGGAUGUGGGGCUGCCAGCAGAGCAGGCAGGGAUGAGGGAAGGGGACCGAGUGCUGGCCGUGAACGGGGAGAGCAUCGAGGGGCUGGACCACGAGCAGACGGUGCACAGGAUCCGCGCCCGGGAGGAUCAGGUGACGCUGCUGGUCAUCGACCCCGCUGGGGACGAGUUCUACCACUCGAUCGGGCUGUCCCCCCUGCAGUUCUUUGAGGACAGCGACCCCGCCUCAGGCUCCUGCACGCCCUCCCUGCCUUCUCGAAGUGGCUCCCCUGCACCCUGUGACGUUGAGGUGGCACCCAAGGGACCUGUGUCCUGGCUGAUGGCUGCUGCCAACAGCAUAGAGAUCAUACAGAGCCAGCGCCAGGAGGAGCACACAAAGCUGUGCCAGGCAUUCUAACAGCCCAGGAGCCUCUGGACAGGCUCUCCCACACAGCACCUCCACCCAGGCCACGGGCAGCCCUCGGGCUCAGCACUGCUCAGCAUGGACCCUGCACACGCAGCUCCUGUGUCUCCGUGCCUGGCUCACAGCAUGACCGUCCCAGGGACUCAUCUCUGCCCGCCCAGGCUGCCUCAGAGCUUGUACCAACCACACUGGCAGCUCCUCCUACCCUGACCACAGAGCUGUGUCUUUGCCUGCCCAGCUACCUCCAGGGAUUGCUCAGGACAUUGCACUGAAGCCCUUGCCCAGCUCCAGGCUCUGGGAGUUCCCAGGAGAGCUGGGGUGCUGCCCUCUGCACCAUGAGCCAGGGGACUCGAGGGCUGGCUCACAUCUGCACGUGCAUGGACAUCUCUCCUGUGCUGCUCCUCUCCCUGAACCUGUGGGCACUGAGUGCCUGCCAGCCAGCACCACCCUGCUCCUGCACCACCCUUUUGGGGUGAUUAAAGGACAAAUCCACGCU